UUUAGGGGUUAGGGUUAAGGUAAGAGUUUUAGGGGUUCUUGGGGGUUUAGGGUUAGGGUAAGAGUUAGGGUUAGGGCUAUGGCUGUCGAUUAGCACUACAGGAGGAUGUUUUGAUAAAGUAGGACGUUUUGUCAGAACGCCGGCCUGGCAUACGAAGAACUUGGGUUACGACCCGAAUGCCGGUCGAGGCCGAAACGUGUCUCUGGCUGUAAACAAAGAGCUGUGAUGCCCGAGGGGCGCCUGUCAGCGUCAGUCUGAACCCAGAUACGCUUGUUUUUGGGCGUCAUUUCGGUCAGUGCAGUGCUUUGGCCCCAAAAAAGCUAAGGAAGGAAAAGAAGGAAAGCAAUCACAAUCGAAGAGAAGGAAUUUGUGCAGAAAUUUGAGAGUGGUGUUCAUGUGACCGAUCUCGAAUUGUUUUAUACGUUUACGAUGUGGAACCGAAGUGGCAGCCGGAGCGCUGCUCUGGAGAGGGCGACCAGACAGCUGUCAGGACAAAGACUUUCGGCAAGAUCACAUGUUGUUAAGAGGAAUGAGCUCCAGGAAUACAUGAACGCCCUGUCUUUGAAGUCGGGUACAUUGCUGCCCAGGCAGUCUGCAGUCAAACAUUUGAGUGACAUCUCAUCUGAUGAAAGUGAAAUCAAACCCCAGGAUGGCGAGUCUGACACUUCAGACAACAGAUACAUUAAGGAGGAGCCGGCGAUGGGGGUAGGGAGUAGGUUUCUGAAGAAGCCCCCCCCCGUGACGGUCUCUCCCCCCACAGCGAGUAAGGCGGCCGCAGCGAGCUCGGUCUCCGUGUGGCAGGGCCGCUCCCGGAGUGUGGCACUGAGCCGCCUCGCAGUGAUCGAGGACCGCAUCAGGAGCCGCAAACAGGCUGCCUCGGCUCCUGCGGCGAGCCUGCCAGUGCCCGGCGAGGCCACCGCAGUGUCACCCUCGUCCAGCGAUGACCUCAGUGCGAGGGGAAGUCGCUUCCUGAAGGAGAGGACUGCUCAGCAGGAGCCGAAGAUCGCGCCGCCCAGGAACCUCCCCUCGUCACACGUCAGGUUUAUUAACGACGGUGCGAGCCUUUGCAGUGACGAGGAGGACAUGGAGAACUUACUGGGAGGUUCUUGUGAUUCAGAGGGCAGUUUGCUGAAAGAGAGCCGCUCUGCAUCUCAGAAGGGUGUCGAAGGAAAGAAGACUUUCAUUAAAAGCAGCACUAAGUUACAGGCAGCCUCGCCACCCUCCAUCGAAGACAAGCCGCCCUCCCCAUUGUCCCCAAGUGGGGGGCUGCAGGAGCUCCCCAGUGCCAGCCUUCAUCCUCGGGGGGGUCCCCCCCACACUGCGAGGUCUGCCACAGUGGAAGGUUCCCUGUCCCCAUCUCCGCCAACAACCCACUCUCCUGAGAGGACCACGUCUCCAAGGAUUAGGUUCUCGAGGACCACCGUGUCAUCAGAUUCGGCACACAGUGACAUCAGGUCCUUGGAGGGGCUCUUUGUGCGAAACCCAUCCUCCAGCGAUUCCUUUAGUGGGAGGACCACGCCGUCGGAGGAGUACAGAAUUAAUGUCAUGAGCCUGGAUGACUUGCUGCCAGAUUUCGGGAGACCUGAGACUGACAGAGAAGAAAAGACCAAAGUUGUACAAAAGGUAACUAAUGCUGAGCUACCCUCACGUGGCCUGGAUGUGAGGGAUUCCAGGGAGACCGCAAACGAGGAUGAGAUUCGGCCAGCAGAAGAAGAUUAUGAAAGCGACUUUGAGAGCGAGAUCAAGACGGAGUCGGUUGGGGGCGUCUGUGACGCCUCUGAUCUCCAUGGGGACAGUGACGUAUCCACAGGUAGCAAAGGCCAGGACGUUAGCCACUCGGAGAGAGACCGCCGCCUCCAACGAUCGGCAAAAGAGUCCCUCCAGUCAGAAUCCCAUAAAUAUCGUGAGUCAUCCGAAAAAAGUAACUGGAGUUCCUUUUCGAGAUCGGCUUCCCGAUCUGGCACCAUCUCCCCACCUCGAAUUAAAGGCAGGAAUGCGAGGGAGGCAGCUACACAGACCCAGCCAGACGGGACGUCCUACCCUUGUGGCACAGCUGCCUUGGGGCCUUCUGUAGGAAUGUCCUACGCAGACCCUACUCCUGUUGCGAGUCACGUCGUCAGUGCUGAAGCACUGGAAGCCCUCACUGCCUACAGUCCAGCCCUCUUCGCCCUCAAUGACAUGCUGAGGCAGCAGCUGGCCCUCACCCGGCAGUUUGUGGAAGCCAGCAGGCAUCUCCGCACCUCCGCCCUCCAGUCCCUGGAACCUGCAGAGUACCGCUACACAACGCUGGAGGAAACUAGGGAGUUCAUAAAACAUCACAGGUCCCCCAAGCUGACCGUGGAGGAGGCCUUGAAGGACGUAUUGCAGGAGAUGAGGAGCUAUCACUACCUGUGAUGUGGAGGAACUGAAUACAAGAGACUACGGUGUAAGCGUGGGUCAUGUGACAGUCACAUGGUCUCUGUCUGUAGUGUUGCACAUUUAUUUCUGGCUUGCUAAUGCAUGACAGCGGCAGACACCCCUGUCAGGGGCCAAAGAUCCACUCCAGUCAGAUCAAAGGUAUAGAACUAACUUGUAUUUUGAAUGCAGUGCUUUCCAAUCCAGUCCUUGGGGACCUGUAGACAGUCCAUGUUUUACCAGGAGCUGGGAGGGAGCAAAAAUGUGGACCGUCUGCACAUCCCAGAGGACCGGGUUGGGAAACACUGAUCUAAUGUAACUGCACUUGAAUCAUCUUCUCAGAAUGUUUUGUUUGAUAGUCAAUAUGCCAAAAUGUUUUGCAGUAAAGUUUAUUUUUGUACAAA